GUUGUCCGUUGGCCCCCGGGCGAAGGCGGUUGCCUGGGUGAUAGCGGAUCGUGGAUAACGCUCCGCGCCCCGGGGCCGCAGCACUGAUUCUUGGGGUUGAGUCAUAGGGCGCCAUCCCAAGGUUUGCAGAGCCUCAGAGGGUCUAGAAUACUGAGGUGGGAGGCGCUUUCGCUUUAGGGUGCGUGUGUAUGGAUUGGCCCUGACGCGUCCUUGUCGCGGAGAGAGAUGCCAAGGCGCAGGAGCCUGUUUACCUGAGGUUACUCCGCCUCGGGUCUAGCUCCAGGAUCUCGGGUCUUCUUCCGCACCAUCCGGGAGCUGCUUGAGCAGGGUCGGCGGUUAGAGCCGGAGGCCACGGACUCACAGCGGGUGUGGCGCACGCGUGAGGACGGGAUGCCGAGCCGUUGUCCCGGGGUCGCGGGGCCGCCCGCCUUGGCCCGGGCGGAAGGCGGCGAAGGAUCAGCUGGACAUCCUUAUCACCAGACUUCCAAAGGCACUGGCGAGCAGCAUAAAGCAGACAGAAUCAAGGAGGGACACAGAGUGUACUUACACAUCGCCAAACUGCAGGAGUUAUGGAAAACUACUCAAAUCCAAACAAUUCCUAUCCCUAAAUCAAUGACAGAUGCGUCUUUUCUAAAGCAUCCAGAGCUCACCUUGGGCCAGAAGCGCUACCUGUGCAGCAUUGCUAAGAUCUGUAACUCCAGCUAUCUGAGGACCUUAAUGAAGAGGCAGUACAUGCAUCUAUUUCAUCAUGGGUCACAAAAGCCAGGUGUCCUCGCUCACCACAGAGGCCACAUCAGCUCUCGCUACUCACAGAAGCAGCACUCCCCCUGUACUACAUGGAGACACCAUCUGGAGAGAGAAGACUCUCUGAGCAUUGCAGCUGAAACACCUGAAAUGAUCAUACAUUCCCUUUGGAGACCCCUGAGACACAAAGAAGGGUUAAAAAUUGGAUAUGCAUCUAAAACAAGAUGCAAGUCCCUGAAGAUUUUUAGAAGACCAGGCAGACUGUUCUUGCUACCAGUUUCUUCUAAUGAUUAUCAACCAUGCAUGAAUGAAGAAACAAAGGAAGAGGAUCUGCUGAAUAAGUGCAUGCAGUCCAUGUCCAUUCACGAACAAGGCCCAUCUCACGUCAGCCUGACAGUCUAGUCCUCCACGCCAAGGUCAGCCAUCAGCUAAUAUCCAGAUGCUGAGCAGGAGUGGACAGGGAAGAGUUGGGACCAUGUACGGGAUAGCGCUAGUAGUUGCUAGUAUGUUAUUUUGGUUGAGAAAUUUAUAAUAGCCUUCUUCACCUAAUAUAUUUCUGUGUUAUAUCUGUAUAAUGUAUGCUUAUUUCUAGCUAGAACAAUUAAAGUUUUACUUGCCACAUAAAA